AUGGAAAUUGUGAACUUCUUGAAUUCGUGCAGAGGAUCACCUUUCAACGUGUGCGCCGGGGUCUCAAGUGUUCUCCAGUCACAUGGCUUUGUCCAACUUUCUGAAUCAGCUCCUUGGUCUCUUCAAAGGGGUGGAAAGUACUUUUACAUCAAGGACUUGACUACGGUCUGUGCUUUUGCUGUUGGUGGGAAUUAUGAAGUUGGCAAUGGAUUUUCUAUAGUCGGCAGUCACACUGAUUCUCCGUCUUUGAAAUUGAAACCAAAUCCGUUUGAUAAAUCGAAUGAAUUAGAUUUAGUCCGGUGCGAGUUAUAUGGCGGAGGAAAUUGGCCGUCGUGGUUUGAUAGAGAUUUAGGGGUGUGUGGUCGUGUCAUCACACAAGACGGCGAGACGCUUAAAAAUGCGAUAGUGAAAAUAGAAGAGCCCAUAUAUAGGAUCUGCACGUGUGCGCCACACUUGGACAAACGGUACGGGAAAGGGUUUGUAAUUGACAAAGAGACUGAACUUCCGGCGAUUGGUCUUUCUGAGCAGGAUUUGAUGGAAAAGCUUUCAACGCAAGUCAAUGGGACGAUAGUUGGGAUGGACUUGUAUUUAUAUGACAUUGAUCCCAUAUCCCUGAGUGGCGUUUCAAAGGAGUUUAUAACGGGACAAGGCUUAGAUAACACCACAAGUGUCUACGCAGACUUAUUUGGACUUUUAGAAGCGACUUCUGAAGAGUCUUUGAAAGCUUUGCCAAACGUCUUGAUGGCGAUUUUCUUUGAUAAUGAAGAGGUUGGGUCGACCAAUAGGAGAGGAGCUAAUUCGGUGAUGACUGAAAAGGUGGUGAGAAGGAUCUGCUCGUGUUUUGACAUGAGUCCCGACUUCGAGCAAAAAGUGAUGGUAGGAGAGAGCAAGACGUUUGUAUUAAGUAAUGAUGUCAAUCAUGCCUCACACCCAAAUUACAUUGAGACGAGUGAGAAAAGGCAUUUGGUCUAUAUGAACAGUGGAAUUGUCUUCGAAACAAACGCUAAUCAAAAACUCUUGUGCGACUCAAUCGACUUCAAAAUCGUCUCUGAAAUUGCUAAGAUCAGCGACGUGAAGUUACAGAAGUUAGUUGCUAAACAAGGUCUCCUUGGAGGAAGUACUAUUGCACCAAAAAUGGCAUCAUCUACUGGUUUCCAUGUCAUCGAUUGUGGUGUCCCUCUCUUGGCUAUGCAUUCUAUAAGAGAGAUAGGAGGGGUUUUUGACAUACUUGGAUUAACAAACCUUGUCAGAGAUGCUUUAUUACAUUUACACGAGCAUCAAGCCUUACUAAUUUAA